UCAUGUAACCAGUCAACGGUAGUUUCUUUCCGCCACAUCCACCACAACAGAGUCUCCUCCGGCAUGGCGAUCACCGACUUCCUGGCAGCCUCCGACAUCACAUCGGCGAUCAGCGCUUGCAAAGCGAAGGACUCCUUCAGCCCCAAGACGUUUUUCAAGGCCGUGGGUUUAUCCAAGAAAACUCCAACAGAGAUCGAGAAGGUCUUUAAAAUCCUGGACCAGGACAAAAGCGGCUUCAUUGAACAGGAUGAGUUACAACUGUUCCUGCAGAACUUCUCCAAAGGAGCGAGGACCCUGACCGCAGCCGAGACCAGGAGUUUCCUGAAGGAGGGGGACGCAGACGGAGACGGGAAGAUCGGCUGGGAAGAGUUUUCUGCGCUGAUCAAGUCUUCAUAAAACACACGUGACCCGUGUGAUUCAUCGAGAUCACCUCAGGACGGACCGUUUUUUAUCGAAUGCCAACCAGCUGUCGUAAAUGACACAGACUCAGCCGGGGAUCUUAUGUGUCCACAGUCAAAUAAAGCAAUUCAAAAGGUGAA